GAUAAUCUACGGCUUAACGAUAACUGCUUUUUUUUUCUUAAAAAGACUGUUUUGUUUUCGUUUUCCUCUCAUUGACUGCGCAACACACCAGUGCUGCUCAAACAUAAAAACGAAAAAGGACUCUCUUUUCGUUUCCAGACGCCCGCCAUUGCGUCUUGAACACACAAGCCACACAAACUCACACAACGGUACGCGCUAUCGAUGACCGCAUCUUCGCAGGUGCUGCAGAGUCGUCGACGCACGGCGUGGCUCCUUGCUGCUCUGCUGGUUGUGCUGUGUGCGUGCGGAACCACCGCGACCGCAGCAGCAUCCUCGUCUGCCGACGUCAUGUACAUGUGCAAUGGAAAGGUUCCCUUCUACAACGAUACACAGAUCGAGGACACUCGCAACUUCUUGAUGCCUUUGCUGGAGCCCAUCUUCCCUCUCUCGCGGGACUGCCCAAACUUUUGUGCUUGGGAGUGCGUAAGCUGCUCGUCGUCCGGUGUGGAGGUAACGAUUCACGGAAGUAGCAUGUUUGGAAACCUGCCUGACGUGCCGAAGUUGGUCACUGGGGCAAAUGUGAAGGUGACCAAGCUCGACUUUUCUGGGGAGGAUGGACUCCUUGGGCAGCUGCCCUCGAGCUGGUCCACGCUGAAAGGGCUGAAAUUCGUUUCGGUCGUGGGCACCAGAAUCAACGGCCCUCUGCCUGACGCGUGGUCCGCGCUGACGAAUCUCGAGUACGUGGACUUCAGCUGGUCACUGAUAGCCGGCACGAUGCCUGAAUCAUGGUGUGCGCUGACUAAGCUGCAAGUAUUCCGCGCCAAUGGACUGAGUAUGCAUGCGUCGCUGCCUUCGUCGUGGGCAGCAAUGAGCGCUUUGACCGAAUUUGACAUGCGCAACUGCGGGCUCACCGGCACCCUGCCAGGGGGCUGGAGCGCGCUCUCCAACCUGAAGACGCUGCUUCUAGACAGAAGCAACCUCGAAGGCAGCAUCCCCGAGUCGUACGGCUUCAUGCGCAGCAUCGUGACGGUGAAUCUGCAGGGCAAUACCUUUUGCGGGUGCCUGCCAACCGCGUGGACCACUUCGUCGUCGACAGUGAGGGUGACGGCGGACGCUGCAGUGACAGCUGCGAACUGCUCUACCGCAAACAGCUGUUUUCCGCUCUCUUCGUCUAACCGGGUCAGCAGCAGCUCCGCCCCGCCGUCGGCGGCUUCGUCGUCGUCGUCCUCUGUGCCGUCCGGCUCGAGCAGCAGCAGCUCCGCCCCGCCGUCGUCGACUUCGGCUUCGGCUUCGUCGUCGUCGUCCUCUGUGCCGUCCGGCUCGAGCAGCAGCAGCUCCGUGCCGUAUUAUUCGCCGAAUCAGGUGGCGUCCACACGGAUUGUGAUCAGCAGCCUUUUCCAAAGCCUCCAGAUUCUCGAACAGCGCUGGCCGUAUUCAAACUACUGCACGUGGACGGGAGUGGAGUGCUAUGCAGAGGGUAUGGUGGUAUCCUUAAGUAACCGGGGCCUGGUGGGCACACUGCCGUCGCUGCCAAGUGACCUGAAUGUCAGCGACGUCGUGCUGACGAAGCUGGAUGUGAGCGAAAACCCUAACAUCACCGGGACGAUUCCUAUUGGGUGGGUUCUGCUGCCGAACCUCCUAGAUUUUAACGUGUACGGCUGCGGACUCUCUGGUAGCCUUCCAGGAGAGUAA